GUUGACUAGAUUAUGUAACUCUUUUGUACUUCCCAACUUAAAAGGAGAUCAGAGACCCCUUCGGUUCAGUACUUAGGAUGUUCAAGCACUCGUCAACUGGUACUAUUUGUUUUCGUUAGUGAGAUUCAUUGCGUUAUGUGGCAAUAGCUUUUUAACCUAAAAUUUCUGAAGAAAUCAGCUGUCGGAGGAUCUUCGAGAUUAGAGAGAAUUGCCGUCUAGGAGCGUUUUCGUGAAUUUUGAAGACUCUUUGGAACUUUACCGGACCGCAUUCCCCCUAAAGGAUUCAACUACCCAGCUCAUCGACAAAAGUUAGGCAAAAUGACCAACCGCAGCAGCUGCAAAGCUGAAAUGGCCCUGGAGGUAGCGGCAGCGGCAGGCUUUGUUGCCAGUCUGUUGGGGACUAGGGGCUUCCUCACUGAACAACAACUGCAAGUGUUCAAGGACUGCUUACAGCAAGCACUAUCAGAGCACUACGCACAUCACUGGUUUCCAGAAAGACCCCAGAGGGGUUCUGGUUACCGCUGCAUUCGGAUUAACCACGAAAUGGACCCUAUCAUAAGCAAAGUCGCCACCCGCAUUGGUUUGAAUAGUCAGCAGCUCUUUCUCCUCCUGCCGCGGGAGUUGACACUCUGGGUGGAUCCCUACGAGGUUUCCUACCGGAUCGGGGAGGACGGAUCCAUCUGCGUGCUUUACGAAGCCGAAGUGCCGGCCGCCGUCUCUGUAACCGGCAACGACAACACGCGCAAUCCCGGCGUCAACUGCAAAAACUUCAUGAUGGGCCGCACAAGCCCCCCUAAGAACUACCUGAUGACUGUAUCCAGUUAAGCGUGAAACCGACCAGGAAGGAAGUAUACAAGACGGCCAAUGCGUGAACCAGCAGGGAGCUCCGGGCAACUUUGCCCAACCAAGACUUUGGACCUUGUUUAGUAUCUGAAUCUCUAUUUUUGGCACUGCCCUUCCGUCUUCAACUAAAUUGUAUUUAUUUAUUCAAAGGCUCUUUCCCUCAGCCCUCCCGAAUACUGAAGCACUGUUAACACUCGGCUGUUCCCAGUGGCAUUGGUCGGAUAUAUAGUGUUUUGGGUUACAUUUCUAAAGCUGUUUAGAGGCCUAUGAUUACUUUUACUUACUAUGAUUACCUUGAAACUGACAAGCUGAAUCGUGUAAAUCCUUUUCCCACCCGGAGUAAUGAGAUUUCCAAACUGGCUUCCCAACUGAAAAAAUGGUGCAAUACUCAUCUUUUUUAGUAAAGAUACAAGGGCAAAAAUAUCAUUGAUACUUGGGGGGGGAUCCUUUAAAAUGCACUACUUGUUUAUUGGCUAUUGUUUUCUACCCCAGAUAUGAAACCAAAAACAAGUUAUACAUUUGCUAUGCAGCUAGUGUGUUUGCUGUAUUGUUGAACUGGUUUUAGAUCAGCAAUCAUUUGCAGUCCUAAAAGCAAUAAGUGGACUUUCUUGCCUUAAGUGAUGUGAUAGUGUUUCAUGUCAUUUGUUUAAUAUGUUGAAUAUCUUCAUUGUGCAACUCGUUUUUUAAGGUUUAUAAUGAUGGACAAAUGUAAAUCUGGAAAUGGGUCACUGGUGCAUUACAACCUGUGUGCUGUGGUAGGAAUCUGACCCGAUCCAUGCAGAUGGGCUAUUGCUGUAAGCUGUGAGCUGACUGUACAUUUGUUGGCAGCAUCCUAACAAAACAUGUUGAUACCGGAGUGUGAUGUUCUCCAAUCGUAGCAUUCUCAUUUGUGAGCUGUUGAGCAGCUUAUUUGUUUACUAUGGGUUAUUUUUUUUCCCUUCACAUUUGACUUGUAAGCUGUGACGACAACAGUGUACAUUUUGUUUUUAUGAACUUGUGUACAUAGAUGUAUGUACAGUUUUGUACUUGAUGAGGUAAUUUUUAAAAUAAACGUUUAUGAUCAUUACA